UACUUGAGAAGACAGGGAUAAUAAAAAUCAGGAUAACAUCUGAUUUUCAGGGCGCUGUGAGGGUAAAUAAAAUAAUGUUAGGCAAGUACCCAGAGAGUGCCUGGCACAAAACAACCACGCAGGUGCUGCCUGUUGCUUCCGUCCUGAUGGAGGGUCAUUGAUAAACAUCGUGCAUAAUAAGAUUUCCAAGUAAGCCUGUUUCCUGUCAAUUAUUAAUGAUUACCUGGAGGUCUGUCAAGGAGAAUCAGAGAUCUCUGGACAUGAGUUUGGGUCAUAAGAAAGCGGUGGUGAGCUGUGGCUGGCAAGCCUGUGCUCACAGGGAGGAUGUGUGAGUUCAAUGCUAGCUUCUCUUGGGGCAGACCUAAGGCAUUUGAGCUCAGUCUUUCUUUGAGCUCGACUGUAUCGCUUGGUUUAGGUUUGCUGUUCUGGUUUUUAAAAUUUAGUAAUAGAGAAGAGAGUACAUAAGUAGAAGACCAAAACUGUAUUGUUACCAGAGUUCCAACCGCUGCUGACUUUUCUGGCUCUACAAAAGAGAAUUGUGACCUGGAUCAGCAGAGCAUUGUUCACAUUGUGCAGAGACCGUGGAGAAAAGGUCAAGAAAUGAAUGCAACUGGAGGCGAUGACCCCAGAAACGCGGCGGGAGGCUGUGAGCGGGAGCCCCAGAGCUUGACUCGGGUGGACCUCAGCAGCUCAGUCCUCCCAGGAGACUCUGUGGGGCUGGCUGUCAUUCUGCACACUGACAGCAGGAAGGACUCACCAGCAGCUGGAAGUCCAGCAGGUAGAUCAAUCUACAACAGCUUUUAUGUGUAUUGCAAAGGCCCCUGUCAAAGAGUGCAGCCGGGAAAACUCAGGGUACAGUGCAGCACCUGCAGGCAGGCAACGCUCACCUUGACCCAGGGUCCAUCUUGCUGGGAUGAUGUUUUAAUUCCAAACCGGAUGAGUGGUGAAUGCCAAUCCCCACACUGCCCUGGGACUAGUGCAGAAUUUUUCUUUAAAUGUGGAGCACACCCCACCUCUGACAAGGAAACAUCAGUAGCUUUGCACCUGAUCGCAACAAAUAGUCGGAACAUCACUUGCAUUACGUGCACAGACGUCAGGAGCCCCGUCCUGGUUUUCCAGUGCAACUCCCGCCACGUGAUUUGCUUAGACUGUUUCCACUUAUACUGUGUGACAAGACUCAAUGAUCGGCAGUUUGUUCACGACCCUCAACUUGGCUACUCCCUGCCUUGUGUGGCUGGCUGUCCCAACUCCUUGAUUAAAGAGCUCCAUCACUUCAGGAUUCUGGGAGAAGAGCAGUACAACCGGUACCAGCAGUAUGGUGCAGAGGAGUGUGUCCUGCAGAUGGGGGGCGUGUUAUGCCCCCGCCCUGGCUGUGGAGCGGGGCUGCUGCCGGAGCCUGACCAGAGGAAAGUCACCUGCGAAGGGGGCAAUGGCCUGGGCUGUGGGUUUGCCUUCUGCCGGGAAUGUAAAGAAGCGUACCAUGAAGGGGAGUGCAGUGCCCUAUUUGAAGCCUCAGGAACAACUACUCAGGCCUACAGAGUCGAUGAAAGAGCCGCAGAGCAGGCUCGUUGGGAAGCAGCCUCCAAAGAAACCAUCAAGAAAACCACCAAGCCCUGUCCCCGCUGCCAUGUACCAGUGGAAAAAAAUGGAGGCUGCAUGCACAUGAAGUGUCCACAGCCCCAGUGCAGGCUCGAGUGGUGCUGGAACUGUGGCUGCGAGUGGAACCGCGUCUGCAUGGGGGACCACUGGUUCGACGUGUAGCCAGGGCAGCCGGGCGCCCUAUCACCACAUCCUGGGGGAGCAUACCCAGUGUCCUACCUUCAUUUUCUAAUUAUCUUUUCAAACACACACACACACACACACACACACACACACUCUUCAAGUUUUUUUCAAAGUCCAACUACAGCCAAAUUGCAGAAGAAACUCCUGGAUCCCUUUCACUAUGUCCAUGAAAAACAGCAGAGUAAAAUUACAGAAGAAGCUCCUGAAUCCCUUUCAGUUUGUCCACACAAGACAGCAGAGCCAUCUGCGACACCACCAACAGGCGUUCUCAGCCUCCGGAUGAGACAAAUACCAGAGCACAGAUUCAAGUGCAAUCCAUGUAUCUGUAUGGGUCAUUCUCACCUGAAUUCGAGUCAGGCAGAAUCAGUAGCUGGAGAGAGAGUUCUCACAUUUAAUAUCCUGCCUUUUACCUUCAGUAAACACCAUGAAGAUGCCAUUGACAAGGUGUUUCUCUGUAAAAUGAACUGCAGUGGGUUCUCCAAACUAGAUUCAUGGCUUUAACAGUAAUGUUCUUAUUUAAAUUUUCAGAAAGCAUCUAUUCCCAAAGAACCCCAGGCAAUAGUCAAAAACAUUUGUUUAUCCUUAAGAAUUCCAUCUAUAUAAAUCGCAUUAAUGAAAUACCAACUAUGCGUAAAUCAACUUGUCACUAAGUGAGAAAUUAUGAAAGUUAAUUUGAAUGUUGAAUGUUUGAAUUACAGGGAAGAAAUCAAGUUAAUGUACUUUCAUUCCCUUUCAUGAUUUGCAACUUUAGAAAGAAAUUGUUUUUCUGAAAGUAUCACCAAAAAAUCUAUAGUUUGAUUUUGAGUAUUCAUUUUGCAACUUGGAGAUUUUGCUAAUACAUUUGGCUCCACUGUAAAUUUAAUAGAUAAAGUGCCUAUAAAGGAGACAUGUUUAGAAAUGAUUUCAAAAUGAUAUUCAAUCUUAACAAAAGUGAACGUUAUUAAAUCAGAAUCUUUAAAGAGGAGCCUUUCCAGAACUACCAAAAUGAAGACAUGCCCGACUCUCUCCAUCAGAAGGGUUUAUACCCCUUUGGCACACCCUCUCUGUCCAAUCUGCAAGUCCCAGGGAGCUCUGCAUACCAGGGGUUCCCCAGGAGAGACCUUCUCUUAGGACAGUAAACUCACUAGAAUAUUCCUUAUGUUGACAUGGAUUGGAUUUCAGUUCAAUCAAACUUUCAGCUUUUUUUUCAGCCAUUCACAACACAAUCAAAAGAUUAACAACACUGCAUGCGGCAAACUGCAUGCUCUUACGCACACUACGCAGAAGAGAAAGUACAGCCACUAUCUUUUGUUCUACCUGUAUUGUCUGACUUCUCAGGAAGAUCGUGAGCAUAACUGAGGGCAUGAGUCUCACUAGCACAUGGAGGCCCUUUUGGAUUUAGAGACUGUAAAUUAUGAAAUCGGCAACAGGCCUUCUCUUUUUAGAUGUAGCACUGAAAUCCUUGCUGGAGGGAAGAGAGGGGAUGAACUCAAGUUUUCCACAUCCCGGGACACCUGUCCCUCUUUUCCUAACUGCCUAAGAUAACCCAUUUCUUCCAACCAUCUGAGGACAGUCCCGUCGUCUCAGAGGCCCUGCACCGGGGAGAGACUGGGCUCUGCAGCAGCCACAUCAGCAUUCACAGCUUCAUGUGGCUUCACUGUCUGAAAAUCUACCGACUCCAACAUGGCCCCACGGUGACAACAGACCUGUGACAGGAAGCCCAAAGCUCACAUAGAAGUGGUGGACAGAUCAAAGUCUCUAUAGUAAGGGAAAAAAAGAGAGGUGGCAGGCAUGAGCCCCCUGCACCCAGUGGCUUGUGUCCAUACUGAGUCCAGACCCUGAUCAAGGCCUGACUUAGUGUCACUGGCAAUCCCACUAAAUUACACUUCCUUACACUGGCCCGAUGCGACAAAUCAGGUGGCUCCCUUCUGUCACGUGGAGCACACAGUGUUUUCCAUCAUCCAUAGCUUUCUUCCUGAUGGUGUUUGCAUUAUUGUGCCUUCCCAAUCUGCAUGCUGCAUUGGGCUUGCGGUGCCUGAACAAGGUUUGCUCCCAUGAGCUCAGGCACCCUAGGAUCCCCUGUUAGACCAUUAGGCUGUCCAGCAUGGUCUCCUUUCCCUUCUUGGUGGUGGUCUUUUCCCUUUCCAGAAUAGAACAGUGAUUCUUAAAAUAAGUUAGAGCAGGCUGGGCGCGGUGGCUCAUGCCUGUAAUCCCAGCACUUUGGGAGGCCGAGGUGGGUGGAUCACGAGGUCAGGAGUUCAAGACCAGCCUGGCCAAGAUGAUGAAACCCCAUCUCUAUUAAAAAUACAAAAAUUAGCUGGGCGUGGUGGCAGGCACCUGUAAUCCCAGCUUCUUGGGAGGCUGAGGCAGGAGAAUCACUUGAACCCGGGGGGCAGAGGUUGCAGUGAGCCGAGAUCACGCCACUGAACUCCAGCCUGGGCAACAGAGUGAGACUCUGUCUCAAAAAAAAAAAAAAAAAAAGCAAGAUCAUCCACUACACAUGAACAUGAAUCACAGUAUUAUUUGCACAGGAAGGGUGUAACAAAAUAUGAAUGUAUCAAAAAAUAGAAAUAAAGUCUUUGCAGAAAAA